AUUUAGUUUUUAUUGACUUGUUUUCCCUUAUCCCAUAUAUUCGCGCGUAUUUUAUUUUACAAAGGAGCGCGCGCGCACGCAUGCAUACACGCACCUGCGCACUCUUUUCCUUACUCUCUUCUUUCUUAUUUUUUUCUUUCUCUUUCUUUUCUUAUUUAUUUACUUUUUUUCGAUAUAUUUUCUCUUAUUAAUAUAUAUAUAUAUAUAUAUAGAUUUAAAAACUAUGUUUCUCGUAUACAACGUUUUACACCAAUCUUCUUUCUCUCUUCGAUUAUUAUAAUCGUCGUAUAAUUUGAAUUUGAUAUUUUUUGUGAAAUUUUCUUUUUUCAAUUAUAUCUCUCCGUGUUAUCUAACAAGGAGAGAAAUAAAGAGAGAGAAAGAGAUAGAGAAGGAGGAAAGGGGAAGGUACGAGGAAAGUUUUCGGUGAUUAAAAAAAGGGUUGUUUUUUUACCUGCAUGAGCAUUAAUGCUACGCGAGGCGCCACCAUUACUACGCGGGAGCUUUAAUGAUAUUAGGAGACGACAAUGGCAUCGCAGGAGAAUAAGAUGGACGAAUUGGUCUCAAAAACGAUUGAACAAAAUGGACGAAACUUUAAAAAAGAAGAAAUACAACUCGAUGAUCUUAAUGACAAUAACAAUGAGAGUAUCGAGGUCGAAAUGGUGGUACCACCUGACGGAGGAUGGGGCUGGAUGAUCGUUGCAGCAUCCUUUCUUUGCAAUUUCGUCGUAGAUGGGAUUAUUUUCAGUUUCGGGGUUUUUCUAAACGACAUCACGGAGGCAUUUAACGUAUCCCAUGCUAGCGUAGCACUGGUUGGCUCACUGCAGACAGGAUUUUAUCUGAUGGCCGGACCAUUCGUAUCCGCAUUAGCGAACAGGUAUGGAUUUAGGCUAGUCGCUAUAUUGGGUAGCAUACUUAGCUGCAUCGCUUUUGUCCUUUCAUACUUCAGCCCGUCCAUAGAGUUUCUUUAUGCUUCUUACGGUGUUCUUGGAGGUAUCGGUGUAGGCCUGAUAUACGUUCCAGCCGUUAUUACAACCGGCUUUUACUUCGAAAGAUGGCGAGCUUUGGCGACCGGUAUUGCAGUUUGUGGAUCUGGAAUUGGUGCCUUCUUGUUAGCACCGAUUUCGGAUUUACUUAUAAAGACUUACAGUUGGCGCGGUGCCCUACUUUUUCAGGCAGGAAUGCUGUUAAAUUGUGCGAUAUUUGGUGCGAUGUUUCGACCAUUGAAACCAACGAGAAUAAAAAUUAAACCAAAUCAAGAGAACGAUGUUAUCGAAGCUAACACGACGUUUAUUGGAAAAGGUGUUUCGACUACCUCUUUGCAUUAUGUUCAACCAAACAGAAUUGGACUUUUUGGGACUAACAACAAUACCGAGUAUCCAACAGCGGCACAACUUAUCGGCAGUAGUCCUAAUAUAGUAAAUGCAUCGGAAUCGAUGUUAUCGUUGCGCAAGGUCAACAUGGAGUCCCGAAAUUCUGAUAGAAAAUUAAAUAACACCGAGAAAAGAUUAUCCGUACCUAUUUAUCCAGAUUUAACCGUUGAUCAAGAGGAAUCUAAAUCAAUCGAAGAAGAGAACAAUCUUCUCGGUGGUGACAUGGACAGGCUUAAUGGUAAAAUACCAACGAUACGAAGACAUACGAUCAAUGGUCGUAGACCUCGUGCAGACUCGGACUGCAGCCAGAAAUCUCUUCGAGUGUGCAACAGGCGAAAUACACCGAGUAAGGACCCCCAGAGACCGUUUUAUAGAGAUGAUAUCUUCUAUGGAGGAUCUUUAAAUAGAUUAGCACACUACAAGUCGCAACUUUCUUCGGUCGGUUAUCACAUGUCCGUGACAAGAUUGCCAACGGCAAAUGACGUUGAAGAGGAAAAGAGUGGUACAUGUUAUAUCUGUCCGGAAAGCGUGCGUCGAAUUUUGACGACUAUGCUUGACAUUAGUCUUUUAAAGAGCCCUUCUUUUUUGAUCCUAGCUAUAUCAGGUGGGCUUACAAUGAUGGGCUUUUAUACACCUUUCGUAUAUCUUCCAGAUCGUGCCAAAAUGGCUGGAAUAGAACCAUCUUCUGCAAUGUUUCUCGUUUCCGUUAUUGGUAUAGGAAAUACCAUAGGUCGUGUAGUUUGCGGCCUUGCGAGUAGUAUACCGGGUGUCGAUGCUCUCAUAGUUAAUAAUAUAUUUAUCAGUCUUGGUGGAUUGUUAACAAUGAUAUCAGGAUUAUCGUUAACGAAAGGGUAUCAAUUCUUCUACGCAGCGUGUUUUGGUUUAAGCAUAUCCGUUUUCGCAUCGUUAAGAUCAAUCCUCGUAGUAGAUCUUUUAGGACUGGAGAAGUUGACAAACGCAUUCGGAUUACUCCUACUGUUUCAAGGCGUGGCAGCAGCUGUAGGCGCACCUAUUGCAGGAGCUUUCAAGGACGCUAUGGGUAGUUACGAUGCUUCAUUCUACCUGUCAGGUAGUCUGAUAUUCCUUUCUGCUGUCAUUUGUUAUCCCUUGAAGAGGAUCAAUCAAUGGGAAAAACGCAAGAACGAAGAAAAGGACAGUGAAAAUUCGUUAAAAUCAUGAUAGAUAGUGAAAGUGAACAUUUUUGUACGUUGUAUGUGUGUAUGUAUGUAUGUAUGUAUGUAUGUAUGUAUGUUCAUUAUUGAAACAACGUUAACUACCAUGAAACAGAGUGUAUUUU